CCACUGUUUUCACCUUCACCUACCUGCACCCUCUUCUUCCUCUUCACACUCUUUUCUAUGCCUCUUCCUCCAUAGCAUAUACCAACAGAGAAAUUAACCAGCAAAAGUAGCUCUAGUCGAAGACUAGUCUAUAAUAUAAUUAACUAAACAGAAUUAGAAGAAAGGAGAAGGAAGAAGAUGUUGCUAGGGAAGAGACCUCGUCCUCCAAUGAAGAGAACCACAAGCAUGUCGGAGAUAACCUUGGAUCUGAACAAAGUCGCAGAUGUUGUUGAUUCCAGUAACCCCUUGAAGGGACAGAGAUCAGGAGGUGUUGGUGCUGAUGGUUCAUGGUCGAAACAGACAUGUGGUGGUGUUGGUGUUGGUGGUGGUUACAAUAAUGGGUUAGAUCAGAGUAUGGUGUUGGCAACAGUUUCACCCAAAAUUCAAAGAAGGCAUUCCUCGGAUCUCUUAGAGACCCCUGAGUUUUUGCGUGCUUGUUCUCUCUGCAAACGUCGUCUGGUACCAGGUCGUGACAUCUACAUGUACAGAGGGGAUAGUGCUUUCUGCAGCCUGGAGUGCCGUCAACAGCAGAUGAACCAGGAUGAGGGAAAAGGGAAGAUUUUUGUGGCAUCAAAGAAAAAAGUAGUGGGUCAUCCAUCAGGGUCUCAAGUCACCACCAAAGGGGAAACCGUGGCUGCCUUGUAGUUGUGAACCCGAAACCAAGGAUCGAUGCAAUUCCUAUCCUGCCUCGCUUUUAUCAUGUUUGAUGCCUUGUCAAAUAUGUUUAUACACCUCUCCCUCUCUUUCUCUCGUUUUUCCUUUCUUUUUUUUCUUCUUUCUUUUUUAAUAAUUUUUACCGUGGUGCCUUUUUGGAUAGUGGGAGUGGGUGGCCUUCUAUGCUUACAUGGGCAACUUGUCAAGUUUUUUUGGAAGUACCUUUGUAGUUUAAUCUCCUUGGGAUUGUGAAUCAAUAGAUAAAGUGAAAAACAAAUUAAAUCUGAAAAUCACAAUUAGUUCCCUGUUUUUUUUUUCCUUUUUUCUGGCUAGUAACUUGGAAAAUUGCAUUCAUAUUCCUCCUCUUUAACAUUAUUGUUUGUCAAUGGUGAACUGGUUCAUUGUUUGACAACAACUUAUAUUUGUGGGAAUUUAAGAAUAGAG